UGAGAUCUGUAGACACAAAUAGAUGUUUCGUCUGUAAAGAGGAAAGAAGUCCACCUAUCAAGGAACCAGCAUGCAACCAAACAACAAGUUGCGGGGAACUAUCUUAUAAAUGUUUUGCGCAGGUUGUGAAAAAAGCCAAUGGCAAUAUAGAGUUUUCCAAGGGUUGUGCUAGUGGCGGUGAUUUUCGGUGUGGUAGCAAUCCUGAAAUUUGCCGACAGGAGCUGGGGAAUGGUGCCGAAGCUUGUAAAACCACGUGUUGCUCAACCAAAGAAUGCAACGUCGGCUUCCCUGAACUGAAUGGGGGCAACGGCGUGGUACUUGGUGUUAUGCCGAUGAUUGUGUCCAUGUUCUUUGCUUUGACCUUUUUGUGA